CGUUUGGAAUUCUCUAUGGAAACCGCAAGCCGAAAUAUGAGAGAGGGAAGGAGAAGCGGAGGAAGAAUGACUCCAAAUGAGGGUCGGUCCUUGUUGGAUGUCACCAUGAUCUCUUCAAAAGACAAGCCCAAGAAGAAACCGCCCAAAGAUAGCAUGACCCUGCUGCCUUGCUUCUAUUUUGUAGAGCUCCCCAUCGUUGCCUCCUCCAUGGUGUCCCUGUACUUCCUGGAGCUCACGGACCUUCUCCAGCCCGCGCAGGUGGGGUUCCGUUGCCACGACCGCUCCCUCAGCAUGCCGUACGUGGACAGUGGCGACGAGCUCAUCCCCCUGCUCAUGCUGCUCAGCCUGGCCUUCGCUGGCCCUGCUGCCUCUAUCAUGAUGGGGGAGGGGCUGGUGUACUGCCUGCAGUCCCGGCUGAAGAUCCGUCCCGGCGCCGAGGGCAGCAUCAACGCCGGCGGCUGCAAUUUCAACUCCUUCCUGCGCAGAACGGUGCGCUUUGUGGGUGUCCAUGUUUUCGGGCUCUGUGCCACCGCUCUGGUUACCGACGUGAUCCAGCUGGCCACUGGCUAUCACACCCCAUUCUUUCUGACCGUCUGCAAGCCCAACUACACUCUCCCUGGUGUCUCCUGUGACAAAAAUCCUUACAUCACCCGGGAUAUUUGCUCAGGCCAAGAUCAGCAUGCCAUCCUCUCUGCCAGGAAAACCUUUCCUUCCCAGCAUGCCACCCUUUCUGCCUUUGCUGCUGUUUAUAUAUCUAUGUAUUUCAACUCCACCAUCUCAGACAGCACCAAGCUGCUGAAGCCGGUCCUGGUUUUCGCGUUUGCCAUCGCGGCGGCCCUGACGGGCCUGACGCAGAUCACCCAGUACCGCAGCCACCCCAUCGACGUCUACGUUGGCUUCCUCAUCGGGGCCGGCAUCGCCGCUUACCUGGCUUUUCAUGCCGUUGGAAACUUCAAGUCCUCUGAGGACGCGCCUCCGAAGCCGCCGCUGCCGCCGCAGAAGGACGCGCUGCGCGCGCUGACGCAGCGGGGCCACGACUCCGUCUACCACAAGGGCCACGCGUCGGAGAGCAACGACGAGCUGUCGGCCCCGCAGACCAUGGAGGGGCUGAACCGGCAGGUGCAGCGCGAGAAGGCUUCCCUGGGCAGCCUGAAGAGGGCCAGCGUGGACGUGGAGCUGCUGGCCCCCCGCAGCCCCAUGGGGAAGGAGACCAUGGUGACCUUCAGCAACACCCUGCCCCGCACCAACAACUGCGCCGCCGAAGACCCCGGGCGCCGUCACAUGACCAUCCACGUGCCGGUGGACCCCCUGCGCUCCAAGCAGCUGGUGUCGGAGUGGAAGCAGAAGUCCAUGGAGCUGCGCGGGAUGAGCCUGAGGGGGGACGAGGAGGAGGAGGACAGCGAGGACGGCUCCGACACGGGCGACGACUGCGCCGAGGACGAGGCCGCCAUGCCCCCCUCGCUCUACCCCACGGUGCAGGCCAGCCGGGGCGUGGCGGCGGCGGCGGCGGCGGUGGCGGCGGGCGGACACAGGGUCGCCAUCCCUCCGCGGCCGGGCGCUCCGCAGCUGGUGCACAUCCCCGAGGAGGCGGCGGGCCCCCCGCCGGUGUCGCCCAAGAGCGCCAGCACCAGGGCCAAGUGGCUGUCCAUCACGGAGAAGAGCGGCGCCGCCGUGCCGGCCCACCUGCGGCCCCCCAACCAGCCGCGCAUCAUGCAGGUCAUCGCCAUGUCCAAGCAGCAGGGCCUCAUCGGCGCCCCGCCCAAGUCCUCCGACACCUCGUCCUCCUGCACCUCCUCCACCGCCAGCGCCGAGUCGCCGCUCUACCGCCCCCCCUCGGAGCGCGACGGCGCCAGCAUCGUGACCGUGGACGCCCACGCCCCGCACCACCCGGUGGUGCACGUGUCCUCGGGCAACGGGAGCCCGUGGGAGUGGAAGACCGCCACCAACGGCAGCGCCGCCGACUUCCACGAGUCCUACGAGCUCAACGACCUCAACCGGGACUGCGCCCGCAGCUACCGCUCCGUCAAGAGCGUGUCCCCCGCCUCCUCCGCCAGCGAAGCCGACCUGGAGCCCCCCCCUCCCCCUCACCUGGACCUGCAGCCGGACGGGCGCGGCCGCGACUCCACCCUGCGAAGGAAGCCUCCUCUCUCUGCCCAGGACAGGGACAGCAGCCAGCCUCAGACAGAACACGACCCCUAUUACAAAAAACUUCAAACCAGCCGCCGCUAUAAAGACUGAAAGCACCAGACUAAAUUGUAAACAGCACAAAAAUUGGGCAAGAGGGAUUUGGGGUAAUAUGAUAUGCAUCAGCCUGAGUUUUUCAACAACACUGGCAGGAGAGAGGAAAGUGAACACUGCUUUAUUAGAUGACAGCCUAGACCAGCUUGAAGUAAACAACAUGAAUGGACUGAUAGAAAGAGGUGCCAAGGGAUAUUUACAACCUUGAGGUGUCUCAGCAGAUUUGGAAGCAGAAGCUGUGAGCCUCUUACUUCAACAGGUUCAAAAGCAGCAAGAAGAUUGUCAUUGCUUCAUGUGUUCAAAUUGAAAAUAAAUCUAAACAACAGUACCGAAAAAAAGAAAACAGGAACAUGUAUCCCCUCACAGAGCUGUAUAAGGCAGAUGAUAUUCUUUCCCUGUUUCAUUUCUCUUAUAUGGAGUACUUAAUGGAUGGAUGUAUGUUGCGGAAAUAUUUGCAUUGUUUCAUAGUGGCCUCUUCGCCAUUAAUACUUGAUUGUUCAAUAGCUGUGUUUGUGUGUGUGUUUGUGUGUGUGUGUGUGUGCGUGUGUGUGUGUGUGUGUGUGCGCUCGCGCGUUUACAUGUGUGCACGAGUGUAUUUGUGCGCCUUUGUGUGUCUGUGUGAGAGUGUGUGUUUUGUGUGUGUGCGUGCACGCACACACGUAUGUGUGUUUGUGUGAAUGUAUAUUUUUAAAGGAAUGCCUAUUUGGACUGGAUUCCUUUCAGCUGGACUUACUGGUCUCACAAUGCAGACGAUUCUCAAAAAAGUUCUGAUAUUGAACUAUAAAACAAAGAAUGCAAGACUUUUUUCUUGUUUUUCCAAUAGUUUUCUUCUUGGCUAAAUCAUACUGACUGAACUACUGAUGUACACACUGGCUUCAAGUCACAUCAUGGAAUGUUUAUUUUCUGAGUAAUGCAUUGAUAUAUGGAUUGUGAUUCAACAACUGAAACACUAAUGAUUGUAUAUAUUAAAGUGAAAAACAAAAGUAUAACAGGAAAUGCAACUUUACAAAUAUAAUUUACACCAGGAAAUCAAGUGCAGGAUUUUAAACCUCAGUUACUUUGUCAAAGCAAUAGCUGCUGUAAAUGCAUAUGAUCGGGUUAUUUAUUGGUAUUUUAUUUUAUCUUAUGGGUUUUACUAAUGUUUGAAAGCCUGUGUUUGAUGUAUAUAGAAAUCAGAGCACUCCGGAACCUGGAGUCCUGCAUGUUAUGUAAGUGGUUGUCAAGUUGGAAGUUUUGUUUUGUCAGAAAAAAACUGUGAAUGGUAACAAAAAAAGUGUAAAUGACAAAA